CGCUGGGAGCAGACCCAGCAGAGAAGCCAAACAUGCAAAUAAUGGGCAGGAAGUGUGGCGAGACGCUGACCAAAUGUGUCAAUCAAAACAGUCGAGCGGCCCUUCUCUCCCCUUGUGUAGGAAGCCAUCGUGUGACAGUGGGGAAGGCGCUGUUUUGGACAAAAAAUAUGAGUGCCCCGAUUACAGCUCAGAAGUCAUAAGCACUAAAGAGAAACCUUAUCCAGAGCUCUCCACUGGCAAGAAACUUGAAGAAAUGAUUCCAGUACUUAGGAAAGGUUCAGAGGAAUCUCUGAGCCAGCUGGAUACCACUGGAGACAGCGUGGAUGCAGGCACUAACAGAGCUGGCAGCACCCACUGCUCCUGUACCCAGUCUAGCCCUUAUACCAAUGCGAACACCUACUGUUGCCACAGCUCUAGGUCCAGUCCAAGCCUUGGCUCCAGCCCUGUUCACAGUCCUUGCCUCAGCUGCAGGCCCUCUGGCCCCAAAUACAGACACAUCCGCCGCGGCAGCCUCCCUGUGUCUAUGCUGGCUUUCCACAAGACAUCGCCCUACCUCUCAUCCCAGGGCAGUUCCUCAAGCGAACCGAGCUCUUUGACAUCAUCUCCAUCUAGUUCUCCUCUUCCCGUCCACCGCAAGCGUCACCAAAACGGCCACAUCCAUCUGCACUGCCUCAAAGAUGGGUACUCAAGUUUAGAGAGGCUCAACCGAAGGCCCCGGGUUAACAAAUGCUCUUUGGAGAAACUUUUCCUUCGAAGGUCUUCUCUUGAAACCAUGUUGUCGACCCCUGUUCACAAUGAAAGGUUACCUACAGAAGAGACGAGGGACUGCAGCCAGGAUCACAGCAGUGAUGAGGGAGAAGUAGAAGCACAUCCGGAUAAUGUGGAUAAUGAUUUUAUUCGGAAUCGUAAAGAGCGCUCAACUGUCCUGGUGAGGCGGUUCUGCAAGAAUAAUCAGAAGGUGACCAAGUCGGUGUGUACUGGCACCAGAGCGAUUGUCAGGACACUGCCGUCGGGACUCAUCUCAGAAGAUGUCUGGGCCGUGGUUGUUCACUACAGAUGUUGGACUCCCAGUAAGGAGGAUACAUGGCUAACUGUAAAGCGGGGCAUGGGAGAAGACUUCAGAAGAUGCAAAGAGAUGCUGCGCUUUGCUGGACUUAAACUACAUCAGGUUAACAACUAUGUGGAGGAAAGAGAGGAGAUCAACCUGAUUCAUCCUGCCAAAAAGCUCCUGUUGUUGUGCCCUGGAUGUGUCUGUCUCAGGGAGUCUCUCUGGCCAGUGGACUUGGUCAGCAGCAGCCCAGCCAGCCUUGAUCUGAAGCCCUACAUUAAAACUCAGCACUGUCAUUCAUCUUACACCUCCAGGUUUUAUCGGUCUUGUAGCCAGAAGACGAAGUUGGGUUCCCUGCUAACUGGAGCACUGCUAGAGGCCACACUCGUGCUUGGUGCUCGCACGGCACUCCUUUACCCGUUGCCCCAGUGCCCCAACAGCCACGCUGUCUUGAAAGAGCGUCAGCUGGCCAGCAGCAUGACCAGCAGCAGCACUCUUCCUCCCAGUGUAAGCGGGAUCAGUAAGGAGCUGGCAGAGCUGCGCCACCUUGUUCAGUUCCCCGAGGAGAUCGCCUGCAUCCUCACAGAGCAAGAGCAGCAGCUUUACCAGCAGGUCUUCCCUUUGGACUACCUCUAUUUCCUCACCCGAGACCUGGGCAGUCCAGAGUGUCAAACUAAACGCCACCCAAACCUCAAGGCUUCACUGUCAGCGCCCGCCACGCCCACUCAGCGAAGUAACGCCGUGGAGGAACUGGUGGCGCGAUUCAACGAGGUGAGUUCGUGGGUGACGUGGCUGGUCCUGACUGCAGGGUCCAUGGAGGAGAAAAGAGAAGUUUUCUCAUAUCUGGUCCAUGUCGCUAAAUGCUGUUGGAACAUGGGAAACUACAAUGGUGUCAUGGAGUUCCUGGCUGGACUCAGAUCUCGUAAGGUGCUGAAGAUGUGGCAGUUUAUGGACCAGUCAGACAUCGAGACCAUGAGAGGUUUAAAGGAUGCCAUGGCUCAGCAUGAGUCCUCCUCUGAGUACAAGAAGGUUGUGACCAGAGCUCUUAAUAUCCCAGGAUGCAAGGUUGUGCCAUUCUGUGGGGUUUUUCUAAAGGAGCUAAGUGAAGCGUUGGAUGGCACAGCAAGCAUCAUCAGCCUCAAACCGUCUCCUGAUAACAUAGAAUACUCGAUAGAGUUUGUGUCCGAUUACAGCGGCCAGCGCAAUUACUUGUCUCGAUCUGGCCCAGAUGGGCUCCAUGUGCCAGAGAAGGAAGCUACUGUGAGCAACAUCCUUCAGAUUAUCAGAUCUUGCAACCGGAGUUUAGAGGCAGAAGAUCCUGAUGACGCGUCCACCAGUCCGUCUUCUACUGGCCCGUCCCCCGCAUCCAGAAACAACUCCUUCAAAGACCGCAGCCACAAUCAUUCCCUUUCAUUUAAGACGACUCCAGAAAAAAAACAUGUUUUAUUCUCGGUCGGAGACUUGUCGGAUUCAGAUGGUGACUUGUCUACCGAGCCGGUGGUGAAAGAAGUGGAGUUUCAGGGGACCGAGGAGACGCACAGAGCUUUUAGCCAUGGCACGGAGCUCAUUCCCUGGUAUGUGCUGUCACUACAACCAGACAUUUACCAGUUUCUGCUGCAGGGCGCUACGGUCAUUCAUUACGACCAGGACGGCCAUGGCAGUGCUCGCUGUCUGCUACGUCUACAGCCUGAUAAUACAACACUCACUUGGGGUAAACCUCAAAGCGGAGGCCCUUCCCCUGCAGAGCAACCACUGGGAUUGGGGCAGGCUGUAGUGGCUGGGCUAGCAGAAGGCCUGCUGGACCUGGGAAUAGUGAAGGCAGUGUUUCUGGGCCAUCAGGGUGUCGAUGUUCAUGCUGUAUGUUUGCAAAACAAGCUGAGUCAGAUGACAGUGGAGGAGAAUGGCCUCAGCCUUCUGUAUGGUCUGAGUACCACAGACAAUAGACUUCUGCACUUUGUGGCCCCCAAUCACACGGCACAAAUGCUCUACAAGGGCCUGUCGGAGUUGGUGAAUGCAACCAGGAAAUUAAAGAAGUUUCCUGACCAAAGGUUGCAGUGGCUGAGGAAGCAGUAUGUCAGUUUGUAUCAGGAGGACGGCAGGUAUGAAGGCCCUACACUAGCCCACGCCAUUGAGCUUUUUGGGGGUCGGAGGUGGAAUAUGGGUACGGGUGGUGGAGACAAGGUUGGAGCCCAGAAGAACAACCCCCUGUCGAAUGAGAAAGCCAAGAAGAAGAAGAAGGUUCUUGCCAGGGGAGACAGUGGGGAUGCAACCGAUGACGAGAUGGUUUCCAGGAAAACACGGAGCUGUAAAGAAGGACUGUAUCGAAACGGUCCAGAGUCUGACAGCAUCGACCAAGAAGAUCCAGAAGACAGCAUCCCCGGAUCAUUCUCCCUCACAUCCAGUAAAAGCCCCGGAUUGCUAUCCUCUUCCUCUUCCUCCUCCUCUUCCUCCAGCAUGGCAGGGUCCAACCCGACCCGUCCGCAGUCUUCUCCAAUCCUUUCGGGAAAUGCUAAAUCCCAGCCAGGGGCAUGGAGCAGCAGAUCGUGGCACGGCCGGGGUAAAGGCUGUUUCAAAAGCUUUCAGAAUCUCAUGAUUUCUGACAGCACAAUGAGCUUCAUCGAGUUUGUCGAGCUUUUCAAAUCAUUCAGUAUCCGAAGCAGGAAGGACCUGAAGGAGCUGUUUGACACCUUUGCUGUCCCCUGCAGUCGCUCAAGCCCAGAAUCAUGUCCUGUUUACACCAACCUCAGGAUAGAUGACAAAGACACAGGACUGCAGCCAGACCUUGAUUUGCUAACUCGUAACGGGUCGGAUCUCGGCCUGUUUAUCCGGACCAGGCAGCAGAUGUCCGACAACCAGAAGCAGAUUUCAGAUGCCAUCGCAGCAGCCAGCAUUGUGACCAACGGGACGGGGGUGGAGAACGCGUCAUUAGGCGUCUUGGGACUGGCUAUCCCUCAGCUCAAUGACUUUUUAGUCAACUGUCAGAGAGAGAACCUGAGCUACGAUGAGAUUCUCAGUAUUAUACAGAAAUUUGAGCCUUCAUCAAGCAUGAGACAAAUGGGGUGGAUGUCAUUUGAAGGUUUUGCAAGGUUCCUGAUGGACAAGGACAACUUUGCUUCACGUAAUGAGGAAUCUCAGAUGAAUCCAGAGGAGCUGCAAUACCCUCUGUCUUACUACUACAUCGAGUCUUCUCAUAACACCUAUCUGACUGGGCACCAGCUCAAAGGAGAGUCCUCUGUUGAGCUCUACAGCCACGUGCUCCUGCAAGGCUGUAGGAGCGUCGAGUUGGACUGCUGGGACGGAGACGAUGGCAUGCCUGUUAUUUACCACGGCCACACACUCACCACUAAGAUACCCUUUAAGGAUGUGGUGGAAGCAAUUAACCGGUCUGCGUUUGUCAAUUCUGAUAUGCCCGUCAUCCUGUCCAUAGAAAACCACUGCUCCCUUCCUCAGCAACGAAAGAUGGCUGAAAUCUUCAAGACUGUGUUCGGCGAACGCCUUGUGACGCGCUUCCUUUUCGAAAGCGACUUCAACGAUGACCCUCAUCUACCAUCGCCGCUGCAGCUUCGAGGGAGGAUACUGCUCAAGAACAAGAAACUCAAAGCCCAUCAGGCACCGGUGGACAUACUCAAGCAGAAGGCUCACCAGCUCGCCCACAUGCAAGCCCAAGCAAGCAACGGGUCUCCAGGAGUGACUUCACCCAACAAUCAUGCCAAUGAGGAAGAGGAAGAAGAAGAAGACGACUAUGAUUAUGAUUAUGAGUCUCUAUCAGAUGCUGAUGGCCUCGCUGCCUCUACUGCCUCGUAUGGUCUUGAAGAUAAUAUACUUGAUGACAAGCCAGAAGGCAAGAGUUCGGCCGAGAAAGAAGAGCAACCUGCUGAUGAAAUACCCAAAAGGAUGAAGAAAGCUGAUAGCACUACACAGAGCAAAGGAAAGGUGUUCGACAUGGAGCUCGGCGAGGAGUUCUACCUUCCCCAGAAUAAGAAGGAGAGUCGACAGAUCGCCCAGGAGCUGUCCGACCUCGUCAUCUACUGCCAGGCUGUGAAAUUCCCUGGCCUUUCUACUUUGUCUCCGGCUGGCUCUAGCAGGGGGAAGGACCGAGGAAAGAGCAGGAAGUCCAUAUUUGGCACGGCUCCUUCUCGCAGCAGUGCAACAGGGGAGGUCACGACCCAGAGCCGCACCCCUGGGAAAGGUGGUUCAGAGCGACUCAGCUGGGAGGAGCAGCAAACGUCUCCUGUCCUCAACCCCUCCACCUCACUCAGCGCCAUCAUCCGCACACCAAAGUGUUACCACAUCUCCUCCGUCAACGAGAACGCCGCCAAGCGCCUGUGCCGCCGUUACUCUCAAAAGCUCAUCCAGCACACGGAGUGCCAGCUGCUCAGAACCUACCCGGCGGCCACCAGGAUCGACUCGACCAACCCCAACCCUCUGCUUUUCUGGCAGCAUGGCAUCCAGCUGGUGGCACUCAAUUAUCAGACUGAUGACCUGCCCAUGCAGUUGAACACGGCGCUAUUUGAGGCCAACGGUGGAUGUGGCUACGUACUGAAGCCGGCAGUGUUAUGGGACCGUAGCUGUCCACUUUAUCAGCAGUUCUGUCCGAUGGAGCGGGAUGUGGAGAAAAUGAGCCCUGCUGUCUACUCCCUCACAAUUGUGUCCGGGCAGAACGUUUGUCCCAGUAACAGUGCCGGCAGCCCCUGCAUCGAGCUGGAUGUUCUGGGCAUGCCCAUCGACAGCUGCCACUUCCGUACCAAACCGAUCCACCGCAACACCCUCAACCCCAUGUGGAACGAACACUUUCAGUUCACUGUGCAUUUUGAAGAGAUGUGUUUCCUGCGAUUUGCCGUGGUGGAGAACAACAGUUCCCAGACCACAGCUCAGAGGACUCUCCCACUUAAAGCCCUCAAACCAGGUUACAGACAUGUACAGUUGAGAACACAGCACAACGAGUCUCUUGAAGUCUCCAGCUUAUUUAUCUACAGCCACAGAACAGAGGAAGGUCCAGCAGGGGGCGCUACUGCCUCAUCUUUGCUGUUCAGUUCUGAGGAGAAGCAUGCGUCCCAGCAGCACAGGGUGACGGUGCACUGCGCUCCCGGUCCUGAACCCUUCACUGUUUUCUGUGUUACUGAGCAGACCACCGCCAAACAGCUGCUGGACGUGGUUGUGGGGUCAGCGGGAAACCCAUCCGAAUACUUUUUGUGUGAGGAGAAGGUUCCCCUGUUGAAGGAACGCAGCGAGGUGAAGCGCUGCCCGCAGCACCGAGCUCUAGCACCUGAGGAGGAGGUGGUCAGGGUGGUGUCCAGCUGGAACACUGAGGAGGGAUAUGUGAGGAGACUGUGCCUCAAAACUAGAGAGGAGAACUUGAAUGAGAAGAACACGGUGGUGGAGGGAGAGGAGGAGGUGACUGUGGCAGGCAGAGAAGGAGGUGGAGGAGGAGGAGGAGGGGAGGAUGAUAUGUUCUUUGUCCAGGUCCAUGAAGUUUCACCCGAACAGCCUCACACUGUCAUCAAAGCUCCACGCUACAGCACGGCUCAGGAUAUCAUACAGCAGACUCUGUCAAAGGCUAAGUAUUCCUACAGUAUCCUCGCUAACCCCAAUCCAUGCGACUACGUGUUGAUGGAGGAAGUGACCAAGGACGUCGGCUCUAAGAAGUCCUCGUCCACCAAGCCUCUUCAGCGAGUGCUGCUGGAUCACGAGUGUGUCUACCAAGCUCAGAGCCGCUGGCGGGGCGCGGGAAAGUUUAUUCUUAAACUCAAAGAGCAGGUGGUGAGGGAGGACAAAAAGAAAGUCAUUUCCUUUGCCAGUGAGCUCAAGAAGCUGACUAGUCGCAGCCGCAGCAUGACAACUGGCAGCGGAGUGGAUGGCCCUGCCCAGAGGUACCUGUCUGCAGCUGCAGGUCUGAGGGCAUGGGUGACAGAGGGCAGGGUGGGGGCUGGAAGGUUCCUACAGGCCUCCUCCAACUCUUUCAGAGAGGAGCUCCUAUCUGUCCACCUUCCCACCUCUUCUCUGACCCCUUCAGCCUGGAAGCUUUACCUCCUCAGGAACUGGAAGACCCACAAAUGAGUUCUAGACACAGAGAGACUUGCAUUGACUACUUCUUAACUUGGAGAAUUUCUCUUUUCACAAGGUGUUUUCAGUGAUGGUCUCGUGCAUUGUCGGGUUCUGAGAUUCCCUCCUGUCAAAGUCUUGAAGGAAUCCAAUCCUACCCUGUGUUAAAUGAGCAAGUGAAGGACAGGAUUCAGUCCAGGCUCUGUUACUGGGUUAGGGGACAGGUAAUGAGCCCCUUUUGCUUGGGAGGAGAUUGGCGAGCCCACCCGCUGUCAUCCAAGUCAUCCACGAGGACUGUGAUGGUCGUGGGCUGGUAGCUCAGCUCCUCUUGGGGCAGCUGUUUUUAUUGAAGUCCGCUGGGACAUGAAAUGGCAAACUGUCCCUCAUAUUUCAAAUAAAUAAGAGAGGAUAAAAAAGAUUCCUGUGUCACAUACAGAGAAUAAUUCUGGCUUUGAUGGUUGCUAAAUUGUCAUUGGAUUUAUUGAAAUAGUAAAACACAAACUAUUUGGAGUAUUUAUUUUCCCUUUUCAAGGACUAUUAAAUCUCCACAAGUGACUACACGCCUUGUGCACUAGCAUAAUUGUUUGAAUAAAUCUUUUGUACAGUAUGUUUAAAACAAAGAAGUAAAAUCCACACUUGCUAGUAAAUGUUAAAAUGGACGAAGAGGUGUAGGAGAUUGUUGCUUCCUCAGGUAUGGGCUCAUUUGGUUGAGGGCAUUGUGAAGGAGGCUGACAAGCUGGCUUGUUUGGUUCUUUCCCUACUGUUCCAGUUUCACAGUACUGUAAGAGCACAUUUUGGGGCAGUGCAGAUGAGCAAAGCUCACAGAAAGACGCAGCAAAUGUGAGGAUAAAGAAUUGGAGGCUUCUAUUCUAUUUAAAUGUCGUAAAAAUGGAAGCAGUUUAUCGGACACUACCGUAUUUGCCCUAAAUAGUCGAUAUAUGAGGAGCGUUUUAAGGCAGUGUAGGCACACACUAUUAUAUUCUGCAAAUGCAAAUGUGGAGCAACUUCUCACUGUUUUGGUAAAGUUGUCUUGUGUCGGUUUAAAAUGUUGCAACACUGCCUCCAACAUUUGAUGAUUUUGUGAUUUUGUGGCUGUAUCUCUGAGGAUGAUCUGCUUUGUUUUACAGAGUAUCUUAUUGCUCACAUCAUUGUGCACAAAUAUCAACCAUAUCUCACCUCGUCAGCCAAACUGAGCAGCUUAAAAAGUUAAAAAUGUUUAUAUAUGAAUAUAUAUACAUUACUAUAUAUAUAUUUAAAAUGUAAUUUAAACAUGGGGUAUUGCUUUUUAAUAGUGUGAAUACAAUGCGAUCACCAGAACUGUUUGUUAACCUUUUUUGUGCAACAGUAAGCUUUCUGAAUAUUUACAUUGUUAAAUGCAAAACUGGUGGAGCCCAAAACAUAGUUACAAAUUUAGUCAGACAGUCAUUACUUCAGAGAUUGUUCAAAUAUGGACAUUUCCUCUGUUGGACCUAAUUGAGUAUUUCCUGCAAAUUCCUACAUUAUUUUAUUGGUGCAAUGAUGGUUGUAGUGCUAAGAUCCUUUGGAGAGCAUCCCGGUCUUCUUCAAACAAUGUUUUGCACUUUUCGUUUUCCUUUUGGUGUCGUCAUCAAUGUUUUUGUGUUACUGUCUAAUUAGUGACAGCGACUUGAUUGUUAUGGUUAGAACUGCUUCUGUCUUGUUAUGUCGUUGUAUUUAUUACUUUCAAUUUCAGCCCAGUCACAAAUUUAGUUUUAAAGAAAGCACAAGUACAUUUUCGGGGAGUUUUUUGUCAGACUUAUAGGUAUGUAUUCCGUGUUCCCCAACAGAAUUGAAUGUUCGUAAUGCAAUUGAUUGGUUUUUCUUUAUUUAUUGGUCUGGACUUACUGUCCUUGAUUUUAAGAGCAGCAUCUUUAUAGAUAUUUAAUGUAAGUAAUGACUAGAUUUUUUUUUCUUUCUUCUGCACAUCUAAAUCUACAUUCAAAAUUCAUUUGGUGCCACUUUUCUCUCUUUUAAUUAGCGACAUUUCAAUAUUUUAGGACUAAUAGUAACUUUUUAUUUUACUUCCUCCCAUUUGGUUAAUGACGUUACCAAAUAUACAUUAAAAAAUAAUAACAUUAAGAUGUAAAACGACAUGAUACAUCUUGAUUAUUACCCAAAAAGGAGCCGUGACACAAAAUCAAGUCCAUCAUCAAGACUCAAGAACACAGACCUGCUGUAUCUCCAUUUAAAUUUUCACUCAGAAAAAUCACUUUUGAGUCUCUUUAUUGAAAGCUGUUUCAAUUCAUUCCUGCUUACUCAGCUUUAGGCUUAUUAUAAAUCCUACUUUUAUAAAAAUGGAAUCAUUUUUUUUUACCAAUAUUCCAGAAUACUAAAAAUUUAACAAACUAGAAUUAUUUGUUCAAAAAAGCUUAAAAACCUUUCAAAAAAGGCUUAAUGCCAAGUAAUGAGUUAUAGUUUUAGUGCAAUAGUGAAGAUCUGUUAUUCUUCAUCUUUUUAAUACCUACAAACGACUGACAUGUUCCACUUUAACUCAUACUUUCAACUUGUGACCAUCAAUUAAUGGGUUAAAUUUGACCUGAUUAAUAUUAAUCACAUGCAUGGAUUCUGUUUUGUUUGGAGUAAGGGAGUAGGGUGGGACCUAAGGCUUAUGAUAUUUAAGGUAGAUGAGACUGUGAUCCCAGAAACCACAACUCUAUAUCGGUGAUAAUUAAGCUGCAAUCCUUUAAUCCAGUCAGGCUUUUGUUACUCUAACUGUUUCUAAUUUAAACUUUGGAUAAAAAAAAAAAGCCAUUACGCGAAGCAAAACCUAAUCUUUCACGAAAUGGUCAUUACAACUACAUGCCUGGAUGAAAGCGAUAUCAGCUCUAAUAAGCGUGUGAAAUCCACAGUGAUUCCACACAGGAAGGGACAUUUUCAGUUUUAAAUCUGAGUUAUAACACCACCACAUCUUGUUUCCUUUUUUCCUCUAACCUCUAGACCUCGUUUCUGAAUGUAACUGUUCUUAACCUGAGACAAAUAUGUGUUUGAAGUUAUUUAUUUGAAUGUGAAGCCCUGGUUGGCAUUUGUGUUGUUUAUGCGUAAGUUCCUGUAAGUAGUUAUUAGUGUUUGUUUAUUUAUUUCAGUAUGUGAGAGGGUGAACUCUACUGCCCUGACUUUACUCAAACGUAUUUAGAUAUGUAAAGAAAUAUUUUACUGUAAAAUAUUUAGUGUAUUAUUCAUACUUAUGGCAUGUUAUUCUGCAGUAUGCAGCAGCAUUUUAUUUUCCAUAACUGUGGACUAAAUCUGACAAUUUGAGACUUUAUUUUACAUUUUGGUGUAUUCAUUAUAUCCACGUGUAUGCUGUCAAGCUAUGUUUUGAUUGUUAGCACUUUCCAUAAGUGGUCCACUAUACACUUUAACAUCCGCUCUCUGUGUUAUGCCAUGACUGUCAAGUGAACAUUUGUCUAUUUACUUGAAUUUACUUUAAAUGGAUGGUAAUCGGUGGAUUUUAUUUUUUGUCAUAUGAAUCACAAUAAAAA